AAAAAAGAGUUGGAUCUGAUCGUGAGAUCUGUAUCCUUCUGCAACAUGGCCGUGGUAGCUUUUUGCCAGGCUUUUCGCCUUCCGCUUUGCGGAGGAGUGAGGUUGCACUGCUUCAAGUAAUGAGUGUUGUUCGUUGGUGUCGUCCAUUCUGGUGUUUCUCUUCAUCGUUGGUGUCGUCAAUUAUGGUGAAUUCUCUUCGUCGUUGGUAUCGUCCAUUCUGUUCUUGCCGUUGGAGUCGUCCAUUUAUGCUUCUUUCGUCGUUGAUGCCACCAUUCUGGUGUUUUCUUCGCUUGGGUCGUCCAUUUGGGUGCUUUUUUAUCGUCACUGGAGUCGUCCAGUUCGGUGCCCUUUUUUUUGACGUGG